AUGAUCAAGAGAUCGAUCGUCACUGGGCAACAGGCCCGACUCGCCUCGCGAAACGGGACACACACGACGUCAACUUCAGGCCUGGCACCCGGCCAUCUCCAAGCCAACCUCAUCAUCCUGCCUUCACGCUACGCAAGCGAUUUCCGCACUCUCUGUGCGCGGAACCCCGUGCCAUGCCCUCUGAUUGCCGAGUCUGCAGCCAAGGGCUGUAGCGAUGCCUUCAUAUCUCACCUGAAGAAGCUCGGCGGCGACGAGAUUCUCGGACGAGGCAGCGAUGUCAGGCGAGAUGCGCCGCGAUACAUGGUCUACAAGGACUCGAAGCUGGAAAAGAGCCACUGCGAGGAGGUGACGGCGGAGUGGACGGACGACCACAUUGCGUUCCUGAUCGGGUGCUCGUACUCGUUCGAGACGGCGCUGGUGGAGGCGGGCCUGGCGCCGCGGCAGCUGGUGCAGGGGCGCAACGUGCCGAUGUACAGGACGACGAUGGGGCUGUGCGCGGCGGGGGUGUUUCGGGGCGGGACGUAUGUCGUGUCGAUGAGGCCGUAUAGGAAGGGGGACGUCGAGCGGGUGAGGGAGGUGACGAGGAGGUUUGGGACGAUGCAUGGGGAGCCGGUGGAUUGGGGAUGGGAUGCGGUGCGGAGGCUGGGCAUUGGGGAUAUUGAUGGGCCGGAGUGGGGGGACGGGCCGUUGGAUGAGGGGGGUGAGGUGCCUGUGUUUUGGGGGUGUGGAGUGACGCCGCAGGAGGCGGUGAUGAGGGCGGGUUUGGAGGGGGUUGUGAUGGCGCAUGCGCCGGGGCAUAUGCUGGUGCUGGAUGCGAGGGAUGAGGAUAUUGUAGAGUGA